CCUCGAGACCCCCGGCCAUAGCGCCAUAGUGACUGUAGUCGUGGAGACAGUUACUUACCAACGGCAGCAACACUCAGCAACAGGAGCCGCGCGGAGAGUGAGAUAGAGAAAGAGAGAGAGGGGGAGAGAGAGCUGAUAUAACUAAAGAAAAGGGCAUCAUGCAGAACUCGGAGGGUGGGUCAGAGGCAGCGUCCACUGUAGCACUGAGGACGGCCACUUCAGCCCAGGCCCCCGUCGUCCAGCCGGUCCCUGCAUCUCAGCAGCAGCGAGUGUUAGUUCAGGCCACAGGCUCUUCCCAGAAGGGCGGACAGGUGCAGCAGCUGUCUAGAGUGCAACAGGUCCCUCAGCAGGUGCAGCAGAUACAGCAUAUAUACCCCUCCCAUGUGCAGUAUGUUGAAGGAGCUGAGGCUGUUUACCCCAAUGGCACCAUUCGCACUGCGUACUCCUACAACACCGAGGCUCAGUUGUACGGGCAGGGGAGUGGCAGCGCCUACUUUGACUCUCAUGCAGGAGGAACUCAGGUGACCACAGUGGUUUCCUCAGCUGGAGGAGUUCCCCCUCACGGCAUGGUGGGAAUCGCCAUGGACGUCGGUGGCAGCCAGAUCAUCUCCAGCGGCAGUGCCUACCUCAUCCACGGCGGCAUGGACGCCAACCGGCACCACAAUUCACACACCGCCCGCUCCUCCUCUGCAAUGCUUGAAAUGGCGAUUGAGAACCUGCAAAAGUCUGAAGGGAUUGCCUCUCACAAGAGCAGCCUGCUCAACAGCCAUCUUCAGUGGCUGCUGGAUAACUAUGAGACAGCCGAGGGUGUGAGCAUGGCCCGCUGUUCCCUUUAUAACCACUACCUGCGCCACUGCCAAGAGCAGAAGCUGGACCCAGUCAACGCCGCCUCCUUCGGCAAACUCAUCCGCUCAGUCUUUAUGGGGCUACGCACACGCCGUCUCGGCACCAGAGGGAACUCCAAGUACCACUACUACGGCAUCCGUUUGAAGCCCGACUCUCCUCUGAACCAGCUGCAGGAGGACACUCAGUACAUGGCCAUGAGACAGCAGCCUGUCCACCAGAAACAGAGGUUUAAACCCUUGCAUAAAGUGGAUGGGAUGGGUGACAGGCUGUCCAUUGGCUCCCAGCACUCCAGCAGCACCCCGGAGCAGAGCGUGGCAGCGCAGAGUCAGCACCACCAGCAGUACAUAGACGUGUCUCAUGCCCUGCCCCCGUUCCCCUCUCCUGACCUGGGCUCCUGCCCGCUGCCUGAGCGCAUCACCAUGAACGACGUGAAGAAGCUCCAGAGCAUUUACAGGGACCACUGUGAGGCCACUCUGGACGUGGUGAUGAAUCUGCAGUUCCACUUCAUAGAGAAGCUGUGGCAGACCUUCUGGUAUUCAACAGCGCCAUCUAGUGACGGCACCACCACCAUUCCCAACAGUGAUGAAGACAUAGAGGGGGUGAUCCCCAGGGAGAAGCUGAUUGCUCUGUGUAAGUUUGAGCCAGUAAAGCAGUGGAUGAGAAGCUGUGAUCACAUCCUGUACCAGGCUCUGGUGGAAAUCCUCAUCCCUGACGUGCUGCGGCCUGUUCCGAGCACUCUCACCCAAGCCAUUAGAAAUUUCGCCAAGAGUCUUGAAGGCUGGCUGACCUCCGCCAUGAGUAACUUUCCCCAGGAGAUCGUUCGCACCAAGGCUGCAGUUGUAAGUGCAUUCGCACAGACCUUGCGCAGGUACACCUCUCUGAACCACCUGGCGCAGGCGGCUCGAGCUGUGCUACAGAACACCUCUCAGAUCAACCAGAUGCUCAGUGACCUCAACCGUGUUGACUUCGCCAAUGUGCAGGAGCAGGCCUCGUGGGUGUGUCAGUGUGACGAGAGCGUGGUGCAGCGUCUGGAGCAGGACUUUAAAGUGACCCUGCAGCAGCAGAGCUCUCUGGAUCAGUGGGCUGCCUGGCUGGACAAUGUGGUGAGCCAAGUACUGAAGCCUCACGAGGGCAGCCCCAGCUUCCCCAGAGCGGCACGCCAGUUCCUCCUCAAGUGGUCCUUCUACAGCUCCAUGGUGAUCAGAGACCUGACACUGCGCAGCGCCGCCAGCUUCGGCUCCUUCCACCUGAUCCGGCUGCUGUACGACGAGUACAUGUUCUACCUGGUGGAGCACCGCGUCGCCCUCGCCACCGGGGAGACGCCCAUCGCCGUCAUGGGAGAGUUCAGUGACCUCAGCUCAAUGAUGCCUUCACUCAUGGAGAAAGAUCAGUCAUUCUCUGAUGAAAUGAGUGACCUGGGCAGCGACGGCGACGUGUCCCGGGUGACGUGUGAGCCGACUGCGGUGAAGAGCGAGAGAAUCGAAAUCAACCACUCGCUGCAGGAGAUCUGAGAUCAGUCCGGCGUCAACCGUCACAGCCCGACCGCACAGGGCCGACUGUGCCUGGGCAACUGUGCAUGUAUGAGUGUCUGUGUGUGUGUGUGUGUGUGUGUGUGUGUGUGUGUGUGUUUGCAGGUGUGUUUGUGGGUGUGUCAGUGGGUGGGCGGGAUUUAAUUGACCAUUCCCGGGGUCCACCGGCCUUUUGUUAGCGAGUUGUGUGUUUUAACACUUGAUUCUGAUGCUUACAGGAGCAGAUCUCCUUCAUCUAGAGAGCUGAUAGUUGUUAAUAUGAUAGUUGUUAAUAUGCUUGGGGAUUUGUUCAUGUUGUUUGUUUUUUUAUCGUUUUUUCCAAUUGGAUCUCUUUCCCUUUCCGUGCCUAUUUAAGCUCAGAUUGAGCCACCUCUGUAUGUACGAGAGAGAGAUAGUGUGUGUGUGUGUGUGUGUGUGUGUGUGUGUGUGUGUGUGUGUGUGUGUGUGUACAUAAACACUAUGUACAUAUGUACUGUGUGUGUAUGUGUGUGUGCACAAUGACUUAGCAUAACAUUAUGACCACCUGGUUUCUUGUUUCUACACUUAUUAUCCAUUUUUAAGCUCCACUUUUUGGUUCUUAUUAAUGAACCACCACAGAGCAGCUAUUAUUAUUAUUAUUAUUAUUAUUAUUCAUAUUUGGGUGUUGGAUCUUUGAUUGUCAGCACUGCAGUGUUAGUGUGUGUUGUGCUAUGUCCACGAGUAGAUCAGAUGCAGCAGUGCUGCUGGAGUUCUUAAACACUGUUUGUAUGUCUUGUGUUUUUCCUUUGUCCUCCCUGUCCCUGUUCCCACCUGUCUCGCUUGUUACCCCACCCCCUUGUUUCCUUCCCCAGAUGUUCUUUGCCUUCACUCUUUAUUACACUGAAAAAAUGAGUAAAAUUUACUUUUAAAAAAAGUUUCGCAACUUUCUGCAUUUGCUUUUUUUAAGUAAAUUUAAGUACCGUCAACUCAAGACUUAAAUGUUACACAGAGUAAAUAAGUGAACUGAACUCCAGUCAGUCCUUUCUUUUAGUAAUCUUUACAUAAUUUCUGCAAACAGAAUUACCUAAAUACAAUUACAAAUACAAAUACAAUAUUGCUCAAAUCAUUUAUGAUACAUAAUAUAUUAUUAUUUCUGAAAUGUAAUUAUUUUGAUUAAAACAUACAUUCUUUUUAGUAUACAUCCAUGUGUUGAGACAGUGAGACUUGAGGUCUGUUUACAAAAUAAAUCCUUGAGAUUAUGUAAAUAUUUGAAUGUGUGUUUUAACUAAACAUAUUUAAAUUUCAGUUAAAUUGUAUAAAUUAAGUAAUUGUAAUUAGGUAAUACUGUAUGCAGAAAUUAAGUAAAAGUUACUAAAAGAAAGGAUUGAUUCAGCAAAAAUAAAUUAAGUAUAGUUUAAUAAAAGAACUACUCUAUGUAACAUUUAAGUCUUGAAACUAAGUUGAGUUACUUAAAUUUAUCUGAAAUUAAAUUUACUUAAAAAAAAAAGAAAAUGCAGAAAGUUGCGAAACUUUUUUAAAGUAAAUUUUGCGCAUAAUUUUUUUUUUUUCAUUUUUAGCAGUUAAACCUUGUAGGUAAAUUAAAAUCAAAGAGAGAAGCUCUACAGCACUAAGGUGUUUAAAAACACCAGCAGCACUGCUGUUUCUGAUCUACUUGUACCAGCACACUAUCCAACACACACCAACACGUCAUACACCACCACCCAAAUAAUAAUAGCUGCUCUGUGGUGUUUUUUUUUUUCUCCUGUGGAGUCCUGAUCACUGAAGAACAGGGUGAAAGGAGGAUAAUAAUAAAGUAUACAGAGAGAAUCAGUAGUCUAUAUGAUCCCACUUUAUAAUAAGUGUCCCUAAGUACUAUGUAGUUGCAUGGUAACAAUCCAUGUAACUACUGAUGAAGUACACAUUGUUACAGAUUAACUACAGAGGUACAGGUUAUGUAAUUACACAUGUGUAUUAAGGUUAAUCCUGACUUGUGUAAGUACACUUGUGUACCAGGGUGAGUGUACUUACACAAGUGUAACAAUGUGUGUGUACUUACAUAUAUGUAAUAGUGUGUGUGAUAAGUUGAGUAUAAACUUAUCCAACAGCUAUUGUCUAGAAUGUAAUUAGGGCUGUGUAAGUACCUAUGUGUAAGUACACAUGUGUAAGUACACUCACCCUGGUACACAUGUGUACUUACACAAGUCAAUAUUAACCUUAAUACACAUGUGUAAUUACAUAACCUGUACCUCUGUAGUUGAUCUGUAACUACGUGUACUUAAUCAGUAGUUACACUGUAGUUACAUGGAUUGUUACAAUGUAACUACAUAGUACUUAGGGACACUUAUUAUAAAGUGGGAUAUGCGUGUAUAUAACUAUAUAAAAGUGUCCUGUAUCCUCAAUAGAGAUUAACAAAUGGAUAAUAAAGUGGAGGAACAAGGAAGUAGUCAUAAUGUUACACUUGCUCUGUGUUUGUAUGUGUGUUAAAAAAAAAAAAAAAAAAAACCUUUCUGUGCCAUAGUGUCCUUUCCAGUGCCUUAGAUAAGAGCAGAAAACACUCCAGCAGUCAGUCGCUGUUCCCGGGCCGUGCCUGUAAUCCGCAGUACGAAUGUAUUGUCUCAUGACCUCAGCUGUCUCCAGCACCUUCUGCGCCGAGGCCGUAGGGCUUAUUUUUCCUGUAGCUGUGGCUCCGUUCGCUCGCGUUCGAUGAUUUAAAGAAAAGAAAAAAAGAAAGAAAAAACAACGUAAUGCAACCCCACUAACCCAAAGCAGCCUUUCGUGCUUCAGCCCCACCAGCACUGCAAACCUCCUCUCGCCGCCGUGGCAAAGAGCAAAGACACGGAGGGCCGAUAUACUGAUAUAUAAGUCGCUGUUUCUUUCUAAGACAAAAAGCUAUGUAUAAAAUUAAAGAAAAUAUAAGAAAAAAAAAACGACCCCCUGGCCAUAUGAGAUGAGCUGUCGAUACCUCAACUGUUUCUAUGCUAAUUUUUGUGUGAGUGUGUGUGUGUUUCUGUAGUGUUUUUUAACUAUUAUUAUUUAAUUUUUUUAAAUUUGUGUGUAAGCAAACUGGUCAGACACGCCAUUAUAAAAUUAUACUCUCUUAAAUAGAAAAUUAAGAAAACAAGGGUCUACGAUUGAUUCUUUAAGCAAUGCCACAAAGUAAAAAAAAAAAAAAAAAAAAAAGCCUUUUUAAUUCUGUACAGUGCUCCCAACACUAGUAAGGAGAGAGUAGUAAGGGCAAGAGCAUGCCUCCUCCAAUACAUGAGAGGAUAGACACCGCCCCUUUUCCCAACUUCCACCAACUGCACUCAGAGGAAAGCCCUCUUUCACUCUCUUUCUCUCUGGCUCUGGCUGCUGAUGCCAUAGUCCCGGUAUUUCCCAAUUGCUGACUUUCUCUCUCUUUCUCUCUGGUUCUGGCUGCUGAUGCUAUAGUCCCAGUAUGACCCAGUAUGUCCCAAAUUGCCCUCUUUCAUUCUCUUGCCAUAGUCACAGUAUGUCUCAGUUACUCUCUUACACUCUCUUGCUCCGGCUGCUGAUGCCAUAGUCCCAGUAUGUCCCAAUUGCUCUCUUUCACUCUCUUGCCAUUGUUCCAGUAUGUCCCAAUUGCCCUUUUUCACUCUCUUAACGUAGUCCCAGUAUGUCCCAAUUGUUGUCUUUCAAUCUCUUUCUCUCUGGCUCUGGCUGCUGAUGCCAUAGUCCCAGUAUGUCCCAAUUGCUCUUUUUCAAUCUCUUUCUCUCUGCUGAUUCCAUAGUCCCAGUAUGUCCCAGUAUGUCUCAAUUGCUCUCUUUCACUCUCUUUCUCUCUGGCCUCAGCUGCUGAUGCCAUAGUCCCAGUAUGUCCCAAUUGCUCUUUUUCACUCUCUUGCCAUAGUCCCAGUAGGUCUCAAUUGCUCUUUUUCACUCUCUUUCUCCGGCUGCUGAUGCCAUAGUCCCAGUAUGUCCCAAUUGCCGUCUUUCACUCUCUUUCUCUCUGGCUCUAGCUGCUGAUGCCAUUGUCCCAGUAUGUCCCAAUUCCUCCUUUUUAGCCUUUUUUUCUCUGCCUCUGGCUGCUGAUGCUAUAGUCCCAGUAUGACCCAGGAUUCAAACCAGGAUUUAUGAAGUUCUGGCCAUAGUGUCAGCGUCUUAGUCUACUGAUCCACUCUGAGCUUCCGUAAAGAUUUACAGACUUGCUUGGGAGAAAAAUGGUAAAAUCUUUCUGGAAACCAAAAAAUUGGUGGUUCUUCCUUAAAAGUGGAAUUGCUUAAAGAAUCUUUUGUGUAGCACCUUAUAAUUUUUAUGUAUGAGUGUAGAGGAGAGGAGUGUACAGUCAAAGCUGAUGAAGUCAGUGUUCAACAGCCUCCGGCCGCCCCGCCCCCCAGGCCUCCUGUUUGUUCUCCGAUGUAAAUAAGCUUACCGAUGUUUAUGGUGACGGGUGGUAGAGAUAGAGAGAGUCCCUCACUCUAUAUAAAGGCCUGAACCGCCAGUUUAUCCAGUCUGGAGGAACGUAGACAGUGUAGAGAGCUUCUUCUCUUCUCAGAUAGUCAGAUUCACUCUUCAGUCCGGUUCUGCAUGUUAGUUGAGAGCUUCUAAAAGUUGUGAAUUUUAAAGGGCAGAGGGAGGGGGGUCUUUUUAAAUUUUUGCGGACCCUGACAGAAUGUCUGUAAAUGACCAUUUAACAUAACUGGAAGUGAGUUGGUUGGUUUGUUGGACGCAUGUUUUAAAAAUGUUGUUCAAACGUUGUUUUUAAUCGAAUGUAUUUACCAGAGUCAGACUUUUUUUUUUUUUUUUUUUUCACGAGUGUGGAGAUUCUCUUUUUUAAAAAAACUGUAAUAUUUUGAAGUAGAUCUUCCGUACUUUAGUAAAAACGGAUAUAACAGAUCUCAGUUUGUUCAGUUUAGAAGAAUUUUUACGUUUAUAGAGUUCAGACUUCAGGCUGUGUAACCAGAUUUAAGGCGUCGCCAAAUAGACACAGUUAGUUCCUGUUAGAGAAAAUAUAUGCACACGUUAUUUUUCUCGAUAUCGCCUCGACAUCUCUGAUACUGAAUCUGUGCAUUUUUCAACCCACCUGUGAAAUGUGUGGUUCCUAUUUAAAGUGCCCAACUUUUACUAUUACUGUUAUUAUUAUUAUAAUUAUUAUUUACAGUUGGAUCAAUAUUACUCGUUUUUAAUCCAACUUUUAAUCCAACAUUUGUCAUUAAUAAAAUUUGAAUAAAUAUAUAUUGGACGUUGAUAAGCUGAUGAUGAAGAGAUGAUUUAGAGCCCAGCCACGUUUUUCUUUCUUCUCCUUUCCCCAGUUUACAGAGACACAGAUAUGCAGUUCAGCUGAUAUAUAUGUUUUGUAGACAUUAUUAUUAUUAUUAUUAUUAUUAUUAUUAUUAUUAUUAAGGGAAGUGAUGUUUCUGUGCCCUCCCCUUUUAAAUCCCCUUUAAAUAUAUUUGUCGUUGGCUCUGAAGGUUUCUGAAGGCGUCCUGUUUCUCGUGCCUGUUCCAGUACUUCACCUUUAGUGUGCUUGGGGAAAUUGUAUUUACUUUGUGUAACUUGGUAGGUUUUUUUGUUUUUGUUUUUUUGUAAUGCUGUUUUAGAUCUUCUGAUUAUCUGAUUUAUCUGGUUUUGGAUUAUUUUUAUGGGAGUAGAUAAUAUUCUUCUCACAAACUAUAUUGAUACCCUAUUUUUGUGUUCGUUUUUCUGAAAAAAAAAAAAUAAUAAUAAAAACUGUUCUCGGCUGUUCUUCACCUGGGAGGCCGAGAACAGCCUAUAGUCUGUAACACAACUGCUUACUUCAACUGUAUUUUGUACUGGUAUAAAAAUGUGUAAUAAAUUGGUGUAAACCAC